CGUGUGUUGCGGAUUCGCCGUUGAAUAACUACAGAAUUAAAAAUCUACUUGUAGUUUUACGUUUUUAUCGUAACCUCUCCUAGAAAAUAUUUUACGUGUCCAAAUUGCUCGCGAUACCAACCCUACUAUAUGCUUUGUCACUCGUGCUCAACACUUGUUAACUCGCCUUGUUUGCAAAUAAACUCGAUGGCUCGGAAGGACGCUCAUGUUGCGUUUUAUUUCAACUCGAUUGGCUACCGAUUGGCAAUUCAGCGUUAAAAUAUUUCUGGGUCUAGAAAAAUUUAGGAUAUCUUUUUGUGGCGUGAUUGGUCUGGCCAGAUGUAGUCAUUCAUUUCGCGUUGAUAUUUGAAGAGGAUCGUUCUUCCUUGACGCCAAAGAGUGACUCUUCGUCGAUGACAACUUAUUCGCUAGUUUUUCUCUAUACAGCUGCCGCAGGAAUUAACCGUCGUCGUGGGAGCAUUCUUCGGCGAUGAUGAGACUAUCGAUUGAUUCUCAUGACGUGUGAGUGCUUGCCCGGACACCAUUUUCAUCGAAUUUCGACAAUUUCCACAGAGAUAUAUUAUCCGAACAUCAAAAAUUAUCAGAUGAGGUGAUAAUAUCUCAUGUGGUAAUUGCCACAUCAUUGACGAGGGUCUUUUGUUUAUCCAACUGGAUAAUUACCUAGACUUUUCAACGUAUCGUUCGCAGUUUGACCUGAUUUAAUAAAGGGUUCAGUUGCUGCGUAUUUAAAUAAACCUUAUACAUCUCGACGGCACCCUUGCCGGAGUUUGCGCAGUGUCUGUUUUUCUCCAACAAAACUACGAGGUGUAUACGGCGCAGAACAUUACUAUGUUGCGAGGAUGACAACUUCACCGUUGAACGUGUGUCUGUCGAAGAUGACGUUAUUCGAAAUCGUGUGAUGUCUCUAGUGUGGACUUCUUACGGUAUUAUAGUUCCAAUUAUAUUAAUCGUGGGCAUUUUCGGUAAUGUGGCGAUCUUAAUUGUGCUGUCCAGUCCAGUGUUUCGCGGAAUCGCGUAUUUGUACCUCAGCGGACUCGCGCUGGCGCACAUCGGUGUUGCAUUAUCUUGGAUAACAAUCACGCUGAGAUUGGGCUACGGUAUGAGCGGUAAUUAUCUAUCAGCCUUUUACCACGCUCACUUGGAACUCGUUAUUCUCAAUACCUUUUCGGCAGCGAGUGUUCUCAUCAUGGUCUGUCUAAUCGUGGAUCGAUAUAUCUUCGUAUUCUUUCCAGCUCGUAUUCGUACCGGAAACGCGCGCAAGAAUGUCAGCUCCUUCAUAUUAUCUUCCUUCAUCGCCGGUUUUGUGAUAAGUAUUCCGUUAUCGUUUAUGAGAAUCACUUAUGAAGAGCAGGACGGACCCAGUACUUCAUUCACUUUACGUGAAAACGUGUUUAUUACGCGGAGUAUGAUAUGGAGAGCAUAUAUUUGGGCAAUGGAAAUCGUAGUACGGAUUUGUCCAUCGAUUCUAUUUAUUAUACUGAACAGCUUUGUCAUCAUGAGAUUCCUUCAGUUAAAUGUUCAGAACCGUCAAUUCCACGCUGUCUCGGAUAAAUUUCGGACUAACAACGCGCCUGAUACGUCACUACUGUCUCGCAAUCGAGGCUACAUAGAGGAACAACAUUUAGCAAUAUUGACGACAACAAUGAUUUUGUGCUUUUUUAUUACGACGAUUCCAUCAAGUCUGGUGCCAAUAUUGUAUCCUAAUCGCCAUUCAUUGGAUCUUCGUUAUCAAACCUUUCGAGUGUGUUCGGCGAUCGUUGAACUCAGCAAUUAUGCUAUUUAUAUUCUUAUAUAUCUCGUUUGCAGUACAGAGUUUCGAAAGGGAUUACUGCGAUUUUUACAAGGAAGAUGUAAUGAAAAUAUGGUGCAAGAUAUUGAUCAACCGGUAGGUGAAAUCGAAGAUUUUAGCCGGCACGGGACCACUGUUCGAUUGACACCAGAACAUACAAAAUUGAAUUCUCCCGAGUCUCCAACUAAUAAAGAAACUAGAGUGGAGGAAGAUUCUCAUGCAUUAGAUGCUACAGCUUCCAUGCUGGAACGCCGAGUCAUUGCAUAAUUAAAUCGUACUAAGAACAUAGUAUUAAUGUUUAUCAUUAUGAAUUGUACAUUUAUGACAUGCUCCUCUAAUUAGAAUUACAUUGAAUAAUGGAUCAAAAGUAAUGUAUCAAAUAACUCAUUUUAAUUAUAUUUUUAUGCUUUUUCUUAGUAUUUAAAAAUCGUGAACAAUUGUGUGUUACAUUUUAUAUUAUACAGUUUUUCACAAUGAAAUAUUGUAUGAUAUAAUAUUUAUUAAAGUAUGAUUUAUCGAUA